AGCCGUAUCGUUUUAUCGGUCAGUGUUAUUGCCGGAAACAAGAGUCAAGUAUUUUAUCAUGGUUGAAGCACUAAUUAGAUACGAUAAGCGGUUAUCAACAACAUGAGUCUAAGUUAAUGCGUAAAUUCUCUUUGUUUCCAAUACAUGUACAUACAGGAAUGUGAUUGCCUCGUAUCACUCUUUGGAGACAGUUGUGCAUGACACGAUCGACAUACAAACAGAGAUAGAUAAGAUGCUUCUACAUAUUACGUUUAUAAUUUUAUCCUUCCUUUCCACUGUGUUUGGUGUGUUAUAUUAUCAGCCAGAAGCUGUACAUCUUUCCUAUGGAGAUAAUAUUCAUGAUAUUGUUGUAACAUGGAGCACAAGAAAUGACACUAAAGAAUCACUAGUAGAAUAUGGCAUAGGUGGAUUUGUUUUGCAAGUUAAGGGAAAUUCUACUCUUUUUAUUGAUGGUGGAGUUGAAAAGCAGAGACAAUAUAUUCAUAGAGUAUGGCUGAAAAAUUUAAAUCCCGACAGCAGAUACAUAUACCGUUGUGGCAGUCACUAUGGAUGGUCAAAUGUAUUUUAUAUGAAGACUGCACCUAAAGAUUCUAUAAAUUGGUCACCACAGAUAGUGUUAUUUGGUGACAUGGGCAAUGAGAAUGCGCAGAGUUUGUCACGAUUGCAAGAAGAGACAGAACGUGGUUUAUACGAUGCAGCCAUCCAUGUUGGUGAUUUUGCUUAUGAUAUGCACACUGAUGACGCACGUGUAGGUGAUGAAUUUAUGCGGCAGAUUGAAUCUGUUGCUGCUUAUAUACCGUACAUGACUGUGCCUGGUAACCAUGAAGAAAGAUACAAUUUUAGCAAUUACAGGGCACGAUUUACAAUGCCUGGUGAUUCAGAAGGCUUGUGGUAUAGUUUUAACCUAGGUCCUGUACAUUUUGUAGCAAUAGAAACUGAAGCUUAUUAUUUUAUGAAUUAUGGCAUAAAACAAGUGGUUAAGCAAUAUGAAUGGUUGGAAAAGGAUCUACAGGAAGCUAACAAGCCCGAAGCAAGGAAUCAACGGCCAUGGAUAGUAACAUUUGGGCACAGACCAAUGUAUUGCAGCAAUGCAAAUGCAGAUGACUGCACUAACCAUCAAAGUUUGAUCAGAGUUGGAUUACCCUUUCUUAAUUGGUUCGGGCUGGAAGAUUUGUUUUUCAAGCAUAAAGUAGAUUUAGAGAUAUGGGCGCACGAACAUAGUUAUGAAAGAAUGUGGCCCAUGUAUAACUUCCAAGUAUAUAACGGUAGUUAUGAGGAGCCAUAUAAAAAUUACAAAGCACCAGUACAUAUAGUUACUGGAUCGGCUGGUUGCAAAGAAGGUCGAGAGAAAUUUAUCCCAAAACCACCAAAUUGGUCUGCAUUCCGUAGCUCAGACUAUGGAUACACCAGAAUGAAAAUAUUUAAUAAAACUCAUAUUUAUCUAGAACAAGUAUCCGAUGAUAAAGACGGCGCUGUCUUGGACAGAGUUUGGCUGGUGAAAGAAAAACCUUGGCCACUUUACGCAGACGUUUCUACAGAAUAAUGACAUAAAUUUAGUAUAAUGAAUGCCGUGCAACAAAGCAAAAAAUAAACACAUGAAGAUAUUACACAUAUGUGAAAUAAGUAUCGUUAGUAAAAGUGAAGUUAUUCAUUAAUUUCAUUUAUGUAUUAUAUGAUAAUAUAAUUUGAAUUUAGUACACACAUUUUGUUAAAUGUGUAACUGCCACAAUUGAAAUAUAUGCAUGAAUAAAUUAGUAUAAUUUACGUA